AUGAUGCCCUCGAAGAAGUUCGAGAUGGGAGCGACCGUCGGCCAUGAGGAGUUGCCCUCCGACCACAAUGCGGCAUCCGACACUCUAGAUAUCAAAGAGAAAGCCAACCCUCUUGCAGAAGAUCUGGGCAUUGAGAUCGACGCUGCCACCGACAGGCGGCUCUUCUGGAAGAUCACCCGGCGCAUCCUGGUCAUUCAGGUGAUCACUUACUUCUGCCAGUCCCUCGACAAGGGGAUUUUGAACUAUGCCUCUAUCAUGGGUAUCAAGACAGAUGCGCACCUAGUGGGACAGGAUUAUUCAUGGCUUGGGACCAUCCUAUAUAUCGGCAUUCUUGUGGGCGAAUACCCUCAGAAUCUUCUCCUACAGAAAUUUCCUCUAGCCAAGAUGCUCUCCGUCAAUGUAUUCUUCUGGGGGGCUAUAGUGGCAUGUUCUGCUGCGUCGACCCGCUUUGGAUCGCUCAUGGCUGUUCGAUUUCUCUUGGGUUUCUUCGAAAGCUGCGUCCAGCCAGCUAUGAUGCUGCUGACUGCAAUGUGGUAUAAGAGAGAGGAGCAAUCAGUCUUGAACGCGAUCUGGUAUUGCAUGUCGGGUGUAUCCUUGAUGAUCGGUGGUCUGCUGGCCUUUGGAGUAUCGCAUUUUCAAAACGGACCAAUCAAAAAUUGGCAACUAUUGUUCCUAAUCCUGGGUCUUGCCACAUGCGUCUGGUCCUUCUUCAUUGGCAUCCUUCUCCCCGAUAGCCCAUUGUCAGCGAAGUGCUUCAGUGAAGAGGACAAGCGUCUGAUGAUUGAGCGAGUGCGCAAAAACGAGACUGGUAUCCAGAACCGAGAGUACAAGAAAUACCAAAUCGUCGAGGCUCUCAAAGACCCCUUUGUCUGGUGCUGCGUCUUGCUCAUCACCGUGGCUAACCUAGUUAUUGGUGGUCUCGGUGUAUUCUCCAACCUCAUCAUCCAACAAUUUGGCUUCUCGCUCCUGCAGACACAGCUGCUCAACAUUGCCCAAGGAGCCUGGACCAUUCUGAUCAUGGUCGGAUCGGCCUGGGCAGCCCAACGAUUCCAGCAGACAUGCUUCGUUAUGAUUCUUUGUGCAAUUCCCGCUCUGGUCGGGACAAUCGUGAUCCUUGUCGUCACCCCAACUGCCUCGAAUGCAGGUGGCAUGCUCAUCGCGUUCUACUGCACGCAGUUCUUCCUGGCCGAAGGUAACAUGAUUAUCUCGCUGAUCACGCGCAACGUCGCCGGUCAAACAAAGAAGGGUAUCACAAUGACCAUGGUUUUCAUUGGCUGGGCCGUCGGUAAUCUCAUCGCUCCCCAAAUUUUCCAGAGCAAAGAUGCUCCCAGAUACCUGCAUGGUUUCCUGACGCACAUCGUGGUCUAUGCUGUUUAUGUUGCUCUGGUGGUCUUGACCCGAAUCAUCUUGAUGGCACGGAAUCGGUCCAAGGUGCAGGCCUCGGCAGAAAUCUCGCACGAACUGGCAUUCGAGGACCUUACCGAUCGUGAGAAUCCAAAUUUCCGAUAUGCCUUACCUGGCAUCCACCCCACCCCAGCCUUUGAAGCUGAGGUUUCUUGUCGCUCACCUCUUGUCAUCCUCGUGCCUUGGCUUUGUCAACACCUCACACCUCAACACUUCAUAUUUCAGCAGCCCUACGCCCAUCUCCUCAUCUAUUUUACUUUUCAAACAAUCGCCUUUCAGGCUCACGGCUUCGGCUUUUCGAUGAUGGAUCCAUCAGCGCUUGAGAAGAAAAUGCUGGAAGCGGCCAUCGCAGCCUCACUUCAAGACUUCCAAAAGCAAGCCCGCCAGUCGUCCUCCCAGUCAUCUUCACAAACCCAAGACCAGAGCCGUGCAACUGAAAGUGGCUCAAAGACCCCGUCAAAAAGUUCCUCUCAAGCUGCCAAUCCUCAAAUGAUGCCCGAUCAGCCAAGAAGAUCACCUCGGUUGCCCCAGCCUCUAAAGAGUCAGGUCGUAGACCUUACCAACGACUCGAGCUCAGAUUCAGACCUCCAGGAAAUCUUCCCAAAGUCUAAGUCUGUCAUCGGCUCCGAUACGGAUGCGGAGAUUGUUGAGGAUGCAGAAGAUGAUGACAGCGAUGAGGACCUUAAGCGAGCAAUUGCGAUGUCCCUUGAGGGCGCUCAGCACAGCGCCGAGAUCUCCGAUAUUCAGGGACCGGCAUCUCAUCUAAAGCCAGUGGAUGUCACCGAGACCACCGCUCCCGUAACCCCCAACCCCCAAGGCAUUUUUGGUAUGGAUCGGAAGCAGAUGGAGCAAGAACGUCUUGCCCGCUUCGCCAAACGCAAAGCUGGGAGCUCCCCUCUUUCUACUCAGCCCGCCCAAAAGACUUCUAAGAUUACUGAUCUAAAGCCCUCUUUGAAUGCUCGAGCUCCUUUGCCACCCAAAACUUCAAAUACUAAUGUCUACAACAAUUUCGCUGCCAACGAUCCUACCAACAGGGUUCAGCCAACUCCUCGGCCCGUCAUGCAGUAUCCCCUGGGCGCCGUCAAAAAGACACAUGUGGCGUACAGCCCUCGCACCGGCAAUGACAUUACUAUUGAGGAGGUCUUCCAACGGGAGGACUUGAAAGUCGCGGUACUCAGCUCAUUCUUGUGGGAUAUCGAAUGGCUUUUUUCCAAGUUCGAUACCAAGAAGACCAAGUUUAUUCUCAUCAUGGGUGCGAAGGAGGAAGCUACGCGCAGGCAAUACCGGGAGGAGACAGGCUCGAUGCCUAAUCUUGACUUGUGUUUCCCACCUAUGGAGCCCCAGGUGAAUAAUAUGCACUCAAAAUUAAUGCUCUUCUAUCACCCCGGGUACCUUCGCAUUGCCGUUCCAACUGCAAAUCUCACCUGCACUGACUGGGGUGAGAAUGGCCUAAUGGAAAAUGCAAGUAUCAAUGUCCAAAUUGAGUUGGGUGUCAAGGUUGAGGAGUCGAACACCGCUUUCAAAGAGGAUUUGAUCUACUUUUUGAAGGCCUCCAAAUUGCGCGAAGACGCAAUCAAGGCAGUAGAUGAUUUCGAUUUCAGCAAUACGGCGCGAUAUGCAUUUGUACACACUAUUGGCGGCUCGCGAACCGGCGAAUCGUGGAAACGGACCGGGUACUGUGGGCUCGGACGCGCUGUGACGCAGUUGGGUUUGCGACCCUACGGACCAAUCAACAUUGCCUAUGUGGCUUCCUCCGUCGGUUCUCUGACCGAUGAGUUCCUUCGGGCAAUCUAUCUUGCCGCUAGAGGUGACGAUGGCCUCACGGACUACACCCUUCGAAAUACCCGAGAUUCAUCUACCCAGACCAAUGAUCAUCGGCGCAGAGAGAUGCUCGAGUUGGGCCAGGAAUGGCAAAAUCGUUUCCACGUGUAUUUCCCGUCCGACCAGACUGUGCGCCUCGCUCACUCGGAACCCAAUAGAACUGCAGGGACUGUAUGUUUCUCGUCGCGUUGGUGGCUGGGCGCAAAGUUUCCUCGAGGGGUCUUGAAGGAUUGUGAGAGUGAGCGGGGAGUCUUGAUGCACAACAAGCUCAUGUACGUUUGGCCAGCGGAGCCCAUUCAGAUGCCCGGCGGCAACGAAUGCAAGGGUUGGGCAUAUGUCGGAAGUGCCAAUAUCUCAGAGAGUGCCUGGGGCCGCUUGGUCAAAGAUCGCGUUACGGGUCAGCCAAAGCUGAACUGCCGCAACUGGGAGUGUGGCGUACUGGUCCCGGUUACUACACCCGGAGGUAGAGCAAACUCCCAACUGAGCGAUGCUACCACCGCCACUGUCGAUGCUUCUCCGACCAGUCAGUCGCAACCUCAGCAACUCCCGGCCAAGAUCUUCCAAGAUACCAUCCCGGUUCCAAUGAAGCUUCCUGGGGCAGACCUGACUGAGAGUCGGGCCCCGUGGUUCUUCCAGGGUUAG